AAAUGCCCAUUAAUAGCAAUGCUCUAAGAGGCUUAACUCAACCAAACAGCCCCAAAGUAAUUGCAAUUAUAUGGUGUUAAACAUUUCUACCCAAACCAAAGCCAAUCAAUUUCAAUAAAAAAAAUCCCUAAAAAAUUCCAGUUGGCCACACAUUACACUGUAGUACAGUACCCAUUACCCAGAUCCCCUGCCACCAAAUAUUGGGAUUGACCAACACAACACACCAUUUCUCUCUCCUCCCUAUUCGUCUUCUUCUUCUUCUUCUUCUUCUUCUUCUAUGAAUAACUAUAACAAUACCACCAUGUUCAGAGACGUUUCAAGCUGUAACACUUACGACUAUGGCAAUUCCCUGUAUUGGGAUGCUCGUUACAUUCAAGAAUCCGGCUCCUUUGAUUGGUAUCAACGUUACUCUGCUCUUCGUCCUUUUGUUCGCAGAUUUGUCCCCACUUCUUCUCGUGUUCUCAUGGUUGGUUGUGGAAAUGCUGUCAUAUCAGAGGAUAUGGUGAAAGAUGGGUAUGAGGAGAUUAUGAACGUUGACAUUUCUACGGUUGCCAUUGACAUGAUGAGAGGGAAGCAUGCACACAUACCUCAACUGAAAUAUAUGCAGAUGGAUGUUAGAGAUAUGAGUUUUUUCCAAGAUGAUUCAUUUGGCAGUGUUAUUGAUAAAGGAACUCUUGAUUCUUUGAUGUGCGGUACUGAAGCUAUAAUAAGUGCUUCUCGGAUGUUGGGUGAAGUCAGCAGGCUACUUAAGCCUGGAGGAGUAUAUAUGUUGAUUACGUAUGGUGAUCCACAUGUGAGGAUGCCUUAUAUAAACCGAUCAGUGUACAAUUGGAAAAUUGAACUGUACAUUAUACCAAGACCUGGGUUUGAAGGCUCAGCUGUUGCUUCCAUCAAAUCAUGCUUGGAGCCUAUCCCUCUGUCUGAGGAUGGCCUGAUUCCACCUGAUUUUGUCUUGCAAGAUCCAGAUUGUCACUUCAUAUAUAUCUGCAGAAAGAAUGAGGAGCCGGCUAACAUAGCGUCACAUCCUUUAGCUGGUGACAAGCUAUGAUCCUCUAUACCUAUUUAUAUACAACCUAACAUAGUCAUUAGGUUAUAUUGCUAUACCAAUCAUUGUAACAUUAGAUGUGUAUAAUUCUUGUUACAAAAAGUUGAGAGUUAUGAAAUAAGUGAAGCCUCAAUUCAGAGCCUCGUAGCCUAUGUAAGUGAGGUGUUUUCUAUGUUAAUAAAGCUUUGAUGUGGUUUGUUAUUUUUGUUUUGAAAAAUUGUCAUUGUAAUAAUCUGUUUUCCUCCAAGAAGAGAGAGUUGUCGUGAGCUAAUUUAGCUUAUGUAACUGUUAUUCCCUGUAUAGUAAUCGCGUGAUUUAUAUUGAA